GGCAGGAUCUGACUUAAAUACUUUUAACUUGGGAGGAGAAAGCUACCACUCAGGACACACUAACAACCAAAUCAUUUAUAUUAAAUUCCAAAGGUGCUGGAUUAGGAUCUGUUAUAGCACACAUUCAGCAUUGUUUUUUCACCCAAUGCAUAUUUCAUUACUAAAAUGCAUUCUUUAAUAUGUUUAAUUUCUAGCAUAUCAAGCGAUACUUGGUUUACUCCCAGUGAACUCCUGUUCAGUCAAACAGCUAACGGUUAAAAAAUCUAUCAGUGAUGUAACAUGGGAAAUUUGUUCACGUCCGAGUCCCGCCCACUCUGGGCAGGCUGAGAUAAGUAAUUGAGAAAGAGACAUGUGUUCACAGUGUGUCGAUUGACCAGAGAGGAGAGCACAUCUAACUGUCCCCUGUCUCCAUUAGAAUAAUGCUGGAUCAGGUUGUGAUGUUAGCAGCUGUUACAUUGCUGGGAAUUCUGGAACAAGCAUACUUCUCUUUAAAGGUAAUCUAUGCACGGAGGAAGCACUCAGUCACUCCUCCGGCCACAACUGGACCACCAGAUUUUGAGAGAGUCUUUCGAGCCCAAGCCAACUGUUCAGAGUAUUUCCCCAUUUUUAUCUUCUCGCUUUGGGUGGCUGGAGUUUUCUUCAGUCAAGCUAUGGCAGUAUUCUUUGGACUGUUGUACCUUUAUGGGCGCUAUCUGUACUUCCACGGCUAUUCGGAGUCGUCUCAGGGCAGACUGGAGCCUCUGUACUUCAGUGCAAAUGUUCAGUGGAUGCUGAUCGCUCUGGCUGGGCUCGGGGUGAUUUGCACCAUGACUCAAGCUUAUCUGGGUCUGGACCUGCUUCACUCCUUUAGUCAUGUUCUGGGCCUGACUAAACACACAUAAAGAUAGUAAGUACUGGAUUUGUACAUGAAGCUGAGGGCAGAAGCAGCUUUGUCGUUUUAUGGUGAUCCGAUGAAAUAAAGAAACCAGAGUGGAAUGGGUUACAACGAAGUCAGAUGUGGAAACAUAAUAGAGGGCAGCUAUAUGUGCACUGACAUUUUUUAAGAUAUAUUUUGCAUAGCAAAAUCCCACCUAACUGAAUUUAGUCAUCUUUAACCUUAUACGAUUUUAAAAACCGAAAUAUUUUACAAUUUAUUUAAUUUAUUUUGAAUUACACAAUUCUAACUGAUGUUGUUAUGAAAUUAAAAUGUGUACAUCUUUAAUAUUUUUUGGAGUGUAUGUAAGGUGAACAUUUACACUUGGGUGUGAAAAAUUGAAGGCAGCAGCUGAAAUAUAUGCAGAUUUUAAGUGGUUAAAUUUAUUCUGAAUGAAUAAUAUGAACAAUAUUUCAUAUGAUUGAGUUUUCUCAUUAAAUUGAAAUGUUUACAUCUUAAAAAGAGAGAUCUGUUUUUGAGUGUAGUCACAAAUGUUCAUUCCACAUCACUUUGUUAUUGAUUUUAUAUUUGUGUAUAAGACACAUAUUUAUAAUCUCUACCAUUCCAAUUACUCAAUUCUUAUUUUGAAUAAAUUUACUUUAAAAAAAACAUGAGAAAAUAAAUAAAUAAGAUGUUUGCUUUUAAAAUAUUUUGCUUAUCUUUGUCUAGUUUUUUGUACUUUCUUUAUUCACCCCUGGGAGGCGCUACAACACACUGUUUAAAUCUUAUAAAACUGCAUAUGUCUGGAAAUAAAAGGAAUAAAAUG